AGUUUCCAUUUUCCAUUUCACAGGAAGACUCCUGCCUUCCUUAGCAGACACCUGGCUUUUCAAACCCAGACAGACAGACAGGGACCAGCUGUCAGUCAGGGCCCAGCACUGGGCAGAGCCCCACAGCACCAGCACACUCCUGGAGACAGCAGCUUAACCACAACAGAAGGGUUUGGGUUGGAGAGAUGUUAAAUUUAUCUCCUUCCACCCCUCCCCUGGGCACCUUCCACCAGGCUGCUCCAACCUGGCCUGGAAGGAUCAUCAGUACAAAACCAGGGAGGCAUAAAACUGUAGAAAAUUAUACACUGGGCCAAGAAACCAAAUAAAUUAUCAAAAUAGAGCGAAUCAUUGCAGGCGUAACAGCACUGUGUAAAAAACCCUCACUAAUUCCUAUUAAUUAUAAUUUUAUUUCUGAGUAUCAUAAGAAUGCUGCUUAAGGAGCUUUCAGUUUUGGAUGAUGCUCUGUUGAGUCCUAGGCCAAACUAAGUGUGAUUUCAAUUAACAAAGAAACGAGAAGAAAGAAGGAGAGAAAUGACAAAGAAACAAAACCAACAAAAGACAAAAACUACAAUUCUCCUUUGCUGAGAUGCAGAUUUUCAAAUUAAAUAAGCAUCAUAUGGAAGGAAUAGUUGGUGAACAGAGAGCUAAACAUGCAUUUGAACAGAAAUAGUUAAGGAUGCCAUUUCCAGGAAUAGAAAGGAGCCAGAGAGAGCCAACAGCAGACAGACAGAGAUAUGCUAAACCCUCUCUCACACGUUUUCUUAAGAUGUCUGUGCAUAAUUCAAUUUGAAGCCCAGGCUCAUACCAAAAUAUAUAACUCCACAUCGCAGUACAUGCCUGCCUCAAUGGAUUUAAGUUUCACUUGAGCAACAUAUGGAAAACAUCUGCCUAUUGCAACCUAGUAUGGCUCCUUUUUGUAAACCCUUGGAAGUCCUCACGGCCUCUUUGGAUUUGGUUUCCAAGAGGAAUCAGCUCUCUGGCCUGCUGCUUUUCCUCCCAUUUACAUCUGAGCCGGAUAACUUUGGAAGAUAAGCAGAUCUGUUCAUGGAUGGUAGGAAAAGGAUAUUUGGGUUCAGACUGGAGCACGUGGGGCUCAAGGCAGAUACAGAACAUGCACCCCAGGACACGGCUGGGUCUCACAACCUCCCCCUGAGCCAAGAAACGAGCACAUAACUCAGGGCAGGUUCAGACAGCUCUGAGCCCAACAGCUUGUAAUGAUCCCUGAGGGUCCUUAUCCUUCACAGGAGUGGCUCUCCGCUCCAGCCAGCCACACUUCUGCGCCUCGUCCUGCUUGGAGAAUCCCUGGCUGCUUCCUGGAGGCUGCUCCGAGCCCCCCGUGCAGCCCCAGCAGUGCCAAGGCCAGGCCAGACCCCACUCCCAUCCCAUGGACAUGGCAAACUUAUCUUGUUCUGUUCUACACAGUCACACGGGCCAGGGGCAAAGGAAAGAGAUUUGCUGAUUAAUCACCCUGAAAAGAUGAGCAAACUGCUCCGCUCUGGCCAUUUUCUAACCACGAUCCCUGGGCUCUUCCCAGUGGAUCUGGAUAAAAAUGUCACAACUAAUGUUCCAUGGGACUGAUGCCAAGCACCAAUUCCCUCAGAGGGAGAACCUGGAUCUCAGGGAAAGGUUCUUCCCCAGAGGGUGCUGGCACUGCCCAGGCUCCCCAGGGAAUGGGCACGGCCCCGAGGCUGCCAGAGCUCCAGGAGCAUUGGGACAGCGCUGCCAGGGAUGCCCAGGGUGGGGUUGUUGGGGUAUCUGGGCAGGGCCAGGGACUGGACUGGAGGAUCCUUGGGAUCCCUUCCAACUCAAGAUACUCAAUCAUGAAAAGGUGAGAGGAUGGAUUCACUGGAACUUUCAUAGGCUCAUGUCAUAGUUUGAAAUGAAAAUGUUUUGUACUGAAUACACCAAAAAUUAUUUUCUCUUCGGAUGACAUCGUGCUUCCAGCACUAAGUCCUUUCUUUGCACUGGCCCUUGCUUAGUUUGCACUGGGAGUUUUCUGCCCACAUGGAGCAGAGCCCUUAAAUUCCAGUCAAAUUUCAGCAAUGAUUGCAAAAGAUGAAAUUCCCGUAUUCCUGGACAGGCAAAUUUCCUCCCAGCUAUAGAAAUGCGAUGGGAAGGAAUCCAAGAGGCAGAAACAAAAAUAACAGCUUUAAGCAAGGAAAGACACCAACCUGAGCCAUGCUAUUGCCUAAGCUGGGAUGUCAGGGCUAGGAAGGGAUCUGGAAGGGAAGACUGAUUAUUUAGUCUGGCAAAGGAGCAUUUGGAGCAUGGGGUGUAUCAGAGGAGUGAUGCAAUCACAGAUGAUGGACUGCAGCCACCAAACCUCUCUAACAAAAAAUACUUUGUGCUAGCGCAGCUUUGGGCAGCUUCCUGCAGCAAACACUGCUGGGCUGAUAUUCCCUAACCAAGAUAAAUGGAAAGCAAAGGCAAUCAGAGCAAUCUCCUCCCUCUGCAGCAAGAUUGAAGUGACCUCACUGACAUGGAAUUGCUUUUAAGUGAAGAACCUGUGUGCACACGUGUAAAUAAUCCCAGAUAUCCCAGUUUGGGUCUGUCCUUCAGAGACAUCAAGAAAGGUCAGCAGGCACAACCCAGUUGGCCGUUUUCUGGUCUUUUCAUGUUUGAGGUAGCAAGGGAUACUCAGAGCUGUUUGUUUGUCACAUCUUUGUGGGCUCUGAGGGGAUUUAUGCACACCCAGCUCCCCAAACCCCUGAUUCCCAGAGCUCAGACAGCCAGAGGUGAUAUCGGGAAUUCUGAAUAAUUCACUUGUUCCCAAUCUUGCUUCAUCUGAACAAGGAGCCUGAAAACAUUUGUUGUGUGAGAAUGGAAAAAACAUCCCACUCAACUGCCUAAAUGCCUUCCUUCCCUGUUCCUUCCCUGCCACCCUGACCCCCAAUACUUUCCAGAUUACAUUUCCUCACUCUUCCCAGGCAGACCACACGCUGGGAAUGACACAAUUCCAGCACACAGUGUCCUGCAGCUGGGGACACUCCGUGGCUGCACAUGAGGCAGGGAGGGACCCCAGGGGUGUGGUGAGGUGGUGCUAGCCCUGCACCCACCCCUGGAAAAGGCUGCCCCUAGCUCCAGCUCUGCCCAUCCCAGCAGCACAGGGAGCUCGGGAAGAACGAGGGCCCUGGAGCACAUUGCAGUGCCCCAUGGACAGAUGGAUUUUCACUCCCAAGGGACUUUCCAAAGACAAAACUCAAGCACCAAGAUUAGUUUUUCCCCCAGGAAGACUCAGGUUUGGCACACACCUACUGUAAAGUCAUGGAGUCACUUAGGUUGGAAAGGACCUCCACGAUCAGAAUCCAACCUUGCCCCAUCCCCACCUUGUCCCCACCACCCUCCCAGGGAGGAAUUCCUCCCUAGUAUCCAAGGCACACGUAGGGCAGGCUUGUAUAAGCAAAAUCAGAGACACAAAGGGAAAGGGAGCACAGAUUCCAAGUCAGAUGUAAUUACAGGAGGGUUUUUUUACUGUUCUCUGGAUAUUUCAUAGCCAAUACACAAUUUGUGUGAGAUCACCCCUAAUCUCACCUAAACAAAGCAUCUCUGACAUGAUUAAUGGCCUGUUGCACCGAUAAGAUUACAGAAUUUAAACCAGAUUAAUACCAAUAAGACUUAGACUAAAUUAAUGUUUCAUCCAAAAGCACCUUGUUUUGCUUUUUCAAAGGUAACAGACACAACUCUGAUUGUGCAGCUGCAGAUUUACAGUUCCCAAAACAGGAUACAGCUCUAAAAGAUUAUCCACGCAGUAAUGGGGGUGUAAGUGCUAAUUAGGGCUGGAAAAGCAGGACCCUAACGAGCUGUUAGAACUCCUUAAGAGCUCUCCUUUAUUGCUUACAGCAACAAACUGUUGCAUAUAAUAGAAUUUAUUACACAGCAGCGCCUAACCCUCCAAAAAAGCUUCACUAUUUAGCUAAACCAGACACGUGUAUCCAAACCGACUCCAGGUAUGUUUAUUUUUCUACCAGUCCCCUCCCGAGCCCUGGCACACACCGACCACAAACCGAACUACUUGCAGGGAACGCUUUCUUUUCCACAAACGACACAAAACAACCCAACCUAGCCCGCACGGUCCGAGCGCUCCCACCCAGCCCCCGUCCCAAUCCGCCUCGGGGCGAGCCCGGCUCUCCCUUGGCCAGUCAGAGCAUCCCCCCGGCAAACCUGGAGGGCUGGCAUUGAGCAAGCUGCCCGCCCCCUUUCUUGCCUUGCCUUCCUUCCCCUGGCGGCCAAAAGGCGCAGCCGGCAGCGCUCCGCUCAUUGAUCGGGGCUCGGGCGCUCGCAGCUCCUGCUCCUCCCGCACGGCCCCGGCUCCCCGCAGCCCCCGCAGCUCCUCGCAGCUCCUCGCAGCCCCGGCCCCGGCAGGAGAAUGCUGCCUCGAGAGCUCCUGGCCCUGCUCGCGCUGCUCUGCGCGUUCCGGGCUUCUGGCGGCUCUGUGGUGGAUGAAGAUGAUGACUACGAGCUGAUGUACGUGAACCUGGAUAAUGAAAUCGAAGGGCCAGCCCCUGCGACUGAGGAAGCUGCUUCGUGCGACUGCCAGCGGGAGCACAGCAAGUGGGACAAGCUGUUCAUCAUGCUGGAGAACUCGCAGAUGAAGGAGAACAUGAUGCUGCAGGCUCUGGAUGAGCUCCCCAGGCUGGAGCUGCAGACCCUGAAGGCAGAACUGAGCCAGCUGGCCACCACCCUGGCGGGCACCUUCGCCACCGUCACCUCCCACGUGGUGUCCCAGCUGGAGCAGGUGCUGCUGAGGAGCAGGGACCAGGCUGAGGAAGCCAGGAGGCUGCAGGAGUCGGAGCGAGGGAAGGUUCUGGAGCACGUCCUGCAGCUGAGCCACAACGUGUCGGCGAGGCUGGGCUGGCUGGAGAGCGCCUGGCAGCGCAGGGCCGAGGAGCAGGCACAGGAGACAGCUCUGCAGCAGGACAAACUGGAUGCCAGCAGAGGGGACAGCCUCAUCCUGAGCUCCCUGUGGAAGGAGCUGCAGCAGACCCGGGCUGAGCUGAGGGUGUCCCAGCAAUGGGCAGCCCAGCACCUGCUGCCAGCAGGCUGUGAAACCGCAAUUCUGUUCCCCAUGCGCUCGAGGAAGAUCUUUGGGAGCGUCCACCCCACUUCUGGAAUGGCCCUGAGCUCCUUCACUGCCUGCAUCUGGCUCAAGGUGACCGAGGCCCUGGACAAAACCAUCGUCUUCUCCUACGGAACCAAGUUCAACCCCUACGAGAUCCAGCUGUACCUGAGCCGGGCCUCGGCCGUGCUCGCUGUGGGCAGCGCCCAGCACAAGCUGGCUGCCAGCAACGUGGUUGUUCCUGGCAAGUGGCUCCACCUGUGCGGCUCCUGGAGCUCGGAGAACGGAUCUGCAUCCCUGUGGGCACAGGGGGAGCUGGCAGCCAGCGCCUGGGACGUGGCUGGGGCUCACACCAUCCCUGACGGGGGCAUCCUGCAGCUGGGCCAGGAGAAGAACGGCUGCUGCGUGGGAGGGGGGUUUGAUGAAGCUCUGGCCUUCUCGGGGAAGCUGACUGGCUUUAACCUGUGGGACCGAGUGCUCAGCGCCGCCGAGGUGACGGCUCAGAGCACGGGGGACACCUGUGGCAGCCGGGGCAACGUGGUGGGCUGGGGGGUCACCGAGGUGCUGCCCUACGGAGGGGCCCAGUACGUGUCCUAAAGCCUGGGGGCUGCACAGGAACGGAUUGCGCAGAGCUGAACGUCAAUACUGCAACAGCCAGAGCUGCAGGAGCCCCUGCCCCUGGAAUUCCCGAGGAACAUCAGCCCUGCGAGUUCACAGAAGGAGGCACUGUGGAGAUGGGAUCGAUCUCUGCCUGCUGUCCUGGAGAAACCCUGAACACACAGCCACACACCAAGGCGUGGCACUGGGAAAGCUGUUCCUGGGGUCAGGCAGCUCUGUCUGCCCAGUGCAGGGUUUCUGAUGUAUAAAGUGGGGGUCACAAUGGACAUUCAGGAGCCAAAUGGAGCUCCCAACAUCCCUGCUGAGGAAAAUCUGACCUGGCUCUGCAAAACAUAGCAGCUGCCCCUGGAUCCCUGGCAGUGCCCAAGGCCAGGUUGGACACUGGGGCUUGGAGCCACCUGGGACAGAGGAAAGUGCCCCUACCCAUGGCAGGGUGGCACUGGAUGAGCUUUAAGGUCCAUUCCAACCCAAACCAGUCCAGGCUCCCUCCAAUCCUUGGGUUCUAUAGUUUAAUGUGAAUUUUACAGAGGAACCACCCAAAUCAAGCAAUGUGUCGUCUAUUAAUCGUUGUUAGUAAUGUGUAGACUCUAAGAAAGCUAGUUCCUUGUUUAAAGCAUUAUUUAUGCCAUGGAUUGAUAUAAAAAUAAUAUUCCCCAUCAUAAUCUGACAUGACAUUGGGAGGAAAUGCAGCUGUAUUAUAUUGUACAUUGACUUUGUGAUAAUUUUAUUGAAAUUAUUUUUGUAAAGUUGUUUUGUAAAUAAAGAUACUUUACUAGACUAAAACUCUCUGCUCUUCUCAUAAACCAAAAUUCUGAACCAAGUCCCAAGUGGGGCUUUUUCCACAUUUUGAACCAUACAGCUGCUGAUAGAGGAAACAACAAUAGCAACAUCCCACAGGAGCAGGGACCCCAAGCACAAUCCUGGCCCUCUGGGGGCAGGUUUUAAGGUACAUUUGGACUUACUUGCUGUCCUCAGGGGGUUUGUACAAGAUAGAAUUGCUGCUCAGUGCCAGUGAUUCUCUUCUCUCUCACACAGACUUAUCCCAAAUCCCCUAAAAGCCUAGGGCUGGAUACAGAGCACAGCAGCAGCUGCAGAGAGCCAAGGAACUGCUGAUGAUUUUCAUGUAGAAAACAGAGCACAAGGAGCACAAGCAGAGAAUGAUGAAUACCCUAUUCACUGGGUAUGUAACCAUUUACAGCAGGAACCAUUACUUGGUACCUGUUGAAGCCUCUGACAAAGCUAUCAUGAGGAAUGUCUUAUUCAAACAAUUCCUAUUCCCCUGGAAGCAGCCCAUCCUUCUUCUCCAGUCCCAUGUUUCCCUGUCUCUCUCAUUCUCUACAGCUGUCCUAAGGACACACUUGACAAAUUUCUUGACAUGUUGCUGCUACACUUCCUCCUGACCAUGAUGGAUCCUUGCUGCCAGGAUACAAAAGUAGGGAAAAAAGGUAAAUUCCACUUUGCUGUGCCAUUCAAGAGGGCUGUGCUUCAUGCCUAAAGUUAUACGACCCGCUCCAAAGUUUUGGCAGCACUGCUUAUUUAAGGGAAAAGAAUUGCUCUGAUGGCUGGGAUUUCUCCUGUUACCCUGCAAUAAAAAUGUAUCUACAUUAUAAAUGCUCGGCAGUAAACUUGACAAAAAUCCCUCACUAAGUAAUAUCUGCAAAUAACCUUAGCUAGAGAACAAUGAAAUAUUACCUCUGUUCAUCUCUGGCAGCCAAAACCCAGAUCUUCAGAGUUACAAAACCACUCGGGGUCCCACCAUUGUGCAAGGGCAAAACCACCCUCAAAUCCUCCCUCUGUUCAGUGCCCUCCAUUAAGUGAAAACAAAUGUCCACGAAAUGCAGCAGGAAAAGGAAAAUCCUCAAAAAGAUCUCCAGAAAUCCUUCCUGGCUGCUCCUCUUACUGCAGCUCAUACCUGAAAUGCUUUGUCUUGGAAGGAGCCUUCUCCUGUCUCAGCUCAGGUUUGGCAGAGGACCAAAGGCUAAGCCGGGCCUUCCAUCCUCACUGACUCAGCUGGAAAACUUCCUUUUUCCAGAGAGCUCUGCUCUUCCUUCAUCACCCCCAGCCCAGCACCACAACCCACCUCCUCCAGCUCACUUCUCUCCUUCCCUCCUCACUCAACCGUGCUGUCCUUUGUCAGCAGUUUGGAGGAAAUAGCAUUUUGGGGGGAUUUGGGCUCCAGUUAUGAAAAAGCCUCUGCAAUCCUGCACUACCGACACAGAUGGGGGAGCGAGGCUGAGCCAGAGCCCAGCAGCACAGGAUGCCGGAGCUGCCCUGGAAGGAGGAGCAGCCACGGGACUCUCGGAUUACAGGGCAGAGCUGCUGCUGUCCCUCGGGAAUAAACGGGAAUAAAUCCGUGUGACCCCGGUGCUGACGGACGGUGUCAGCACACAGUUCAGAGCCCACGCUCACUGGGGCAGAGCAGUCAAACCCUUCCUAAAGAGCUCUUUUUUAGCUAAUGAGAUAAGAACCCGGCCGUGCAGCCAAAGAGUUGCCCCAAGUAAUGAAAAACUCCGGUUCCUCUCCAGCAUUUGCAGGCAAGGGGCCAAAGUUUGCUCAGCCUGGUGCCACGAGGCUGAGCCCCGUCUGUGCAGCCCCACAACACGGCUUUGUCUCCAAAAACUGCCUUGGAAAUCCAUCCCCAGCAGCUUCGCCUCCUGCUCCCUUCAGCAAACACUCCCAGGGCAGCUCUCAGCUCCCAGCCUGCUGCAAACGCAGCCUCAAACACCAAUUAUGCACAGUGUCAUUAAGGCACUGCACAAAACAAAUCGUUUCGCCUGCUCUGAGCGGCCCCUUCCAGGCUGGAAUUCCCAAACCUGAUAUCCACAGCAACAUCUGCUGGUGGAAGGACAUAAAUACACAAUUCAACCGUGCUGAAACCUUCCGUUGUGGUGGGCAUCACUGUCCCCAAAACCAGGAAUAUAUUCACUAUUUCUGUUACUAUCCCACAGUACAAGUGGCAAUAACGUUAGCACAUUAGUAAGUAUUAAAAUAAUAAAUUUAUAAAUUUAUAAAUUAAUAAAUACAGGAUGCACACGUUUAUUUUGAGGGCUUAACAUCUUCAUAACACUGUUCUUUUAAUAAUUAGUUAUUGCUACUCACUGCUAUUCCUCCUAUUCGAAGCAGAACAUUGAUUUUACCACUGCAGUAGCACUGUGUUGCAACAAACACUGUGAACUUUAUUACUCCAAUUCAAUUGGAGUUCCUUUUAUGGAGGAAUGAAUAUUUUUGGCUUUUUAAACCACAAAAAAUAAAACGUAAAGAGAUUAGCAACAUUGUUCUAUAUAAAGCUAAUAACGUAGGCAAAAUGAAAGAACCACUACAAAGCUUUUAUAUCUUCCAUCUGACUGUUCCACCACAGAAUGGGAUUAAUUUCAUCCCCAUUUCUCUUUUGGAGCCUUGCCAGUGACACUAAGAGGAAGGAUAAGAGCUCCAUGGCUGGUGCCUCAUAUCAGGGCUGAUAAUUUGGAGUCCAUUAGCAGGGAAUAUUAACGAGUACAGAUGUAUUUCCUGCCCCAUGGGUCAGCCAAUCCAUACCAAACCUCCAGAGGUGCAGUAAAUUCACAUAUUCCUUGAGAAAGUCUGUUGUUAGAGUGUGAUUAAUACAUUUGAUCCCAUUUCUAGAUAUUUCCAUAGCUCUGCUUUAUACAGCUCAUAUGAUCUGGUGAAUGGUUGGAUUGAUCCUGAAGUCUUUCCCACCCCUAAUGAUUGAUUGAUUAAUAAGAUCAUGGCUCUGUAGCUGCCUAGCACAGCCUGGUCUGGUC